UGGCCACCAUGGAGCAGCAGCCCCCCUCCGGGCCCCUGCCCCCCUCCGCUGAGCCCACCAAGCCCCCCUACAGCUACAUAGCCCUGAUCGCCAUGGCCAUCCAGAGCUCCCCGGGGCAGCGGGCCACGCUCAGUGGUAUCUACCGCUACAUCAUGGGUCGCUUUGCUUUCUACCGCCACAACCGGCCCGGCUGGCAGAACAGCAUCCGCCACAACCUGUCUCUCAACGAGUGCUUCGUCAAGGUGCCCCGCGAUGACCGCAAGCCAGGCAAGGGCAGCUACUGGACUCUGGACCCCGACUGCCACGACAUGUUCCAGCAUGGUAGCUUCCUCCGCCGUCGCCGCCGCUUCACUCGGCGAGCAGGUGCCCAGAGCACCAAGGGCCCUGCCCGGGCAGCCUGUGGAGCCCUCAGAGCCACCAGCCAGGACCCCGGAGUCCCCAACGCCACGCCUGACAGACAGUGCCCUUUCUUGUCAGAGCUGCCAGACCCCAAAAGCCUAAGCUUUGGGGGUCCGGAAGGUGCCUUGCCAGCCAGCACGGGCCCAGCAAGCUCUGAUGCCAGGCCUCGCCUACCCAUGGAGCCCAAAGAGUUGUGCAUGCCCAAGGCUACAGGCCCAGGCCAGGCCCCUGGGACCACUUCGGCCUCUCCAUGCCCAGCCUUUAGUUUUCCCAGCGGCUUCUCGGAAGCUGAGGGUUUCAGCAAGACGCCGACGCCCAUCCUGGCCCCCGAGGCAGGCGGCGGGAGUAGCUACCAGUGCCGGCUGCAGGCGCUGAAUUUCUGCAUGGGGGCCGACCCCGGCCUCGACCACCUCUUGGCUUCCACAGCCCCGGCACCAGCCACCCCUCCAGCUUCACUCCAGGCCCCACUACCCCUGCCAGCUGACCCCAAGGAACCAUGGGGAACAGGGGGCUUUCCCGUCCAGGGAGGCCCUGGCUACCCGCUGGGGCUGCCCCCGUGCCUCUACCGGGCGCCAGGAAUGUUCUUCUUCGAGUGAAGGAAGCCGCACCUCCACGGGGUCCCCCCCCACACAAGGCUGAGCCUGGCUUCGGGGGCUGGAGCACCCUGGAAGGACCCAGUCCUCCCAGACCAAGGCCAGCAGGACAGGAAGCCAAGACUGGAGCCGCGAACACUCAGCUAGGCCUUGGGGGCCUCCACACAGACUCGGGGUGAGGGGAAGCAGGGC